CCCCGCCCGGGACUCUCCUUAAGGCCCGCAUCCGGGGCAUCGUGCGCUCCCCGAGGGGUCCAGGCCCCCCUAACGGGACGGCUCCCGCGUCCCCGGGCCUGCCCCGCGCCGCCCUCCGCUGCCCCGCACUCGUCCGGAACUCUUCGCCGGCCGCCUCACACUCACCGACGCCCACGCAGGAGCCCGAGCCCGCGGGGACGGCCGCCGCCUCUGCGCUCCGAUUCCCGCGGGGACCCCCGAGCGCCCCUUCCCCCAAUCGCUCGCUAGUCCGGGGCCACUGGAAGACACCCCCUAAUUGGGGCGGUACCCGAGUUGCGCAGGUUCCCGGCGCCGGGCUGGGCACCCCCAUCCCCAGGGCCACAAGCCCAGCGCCCCUGCGCAGCGCCCCGCAGAGGCCCCCUCCGAGGCCCAGGACGCCCCCUCCCGCGGAGACUCCAUCUCUAUUUUUUGGGAAGGGGAGGCUCGGCGGAAGCCCCGAGUUAUAAUUAGCGCCACUCGGGUUUCCUAGUUAAUCUCCAGCAGCACCACCACCCCCCAGCUCAGGGCGGCGGGGGCUGGGCGAGGGGUGACCGGUGGGAGAGGGGGGAGUUCCCACCCGGGGAAUUUUGAUCCUUUGGCUGGAGAUGCCGGAACCGUAGCAGCUGCUGCCCCCAAAAUAGCGCCCCCGCCCCUGCAGCCGGGGAUCUCCGGAGCCCCGGGAACACAGGCGUCCCGGCUCGCCCUUCAGGCGGCUCUGCAAGGCCCUGGAGCCCCCAGGCCCCCCACCCCAAGUUCCCGGCUCCGGGCUCGGGGCGGGGAGCGCCGACCUUUUCUCGGUCUCUACUGCCCUCCGCCGGCGGCGGCGUGCACGGCAGCUUCAGACGAAUGGGGGGCUCUCGAGUCCUGGGGGACGCGGGCUGGCGAGCCUGUUUGCUGGGGCUGGGCUGGGAGCGUGCGCAGCUGAUGGGAACCCGCGGGCAUCAGCGCUCGGUGCCAGACAUUGGAUGAGAAGGGGCAGGGUUGGGUGGGGAGUGGACUAGGCAGGAUUUGGGGAACCCCGGGACCUGAGGCUUCCACACCCUGAAUGCCCAGCCCACCGCCCCCCAGGGCCCCGGGUCUGGCCGACCCAGGAGAGCAGGGCUGCGCCUUCAGGCCGCCGCAAGCUCCCCCAGCGGCGCCGCCCGUCCGUGAGGCCGCGCCCCUGUCGGGUGGCCUGUGCGUGGACUGAGGCCUCUGGUGCCCUCACUGCACGAGCUGGGCCCGGCCCAGUUCCAGGAAGAGGUGAGGGCGGUGUACCCCUGCGGGGCAGAGAGGGUGCUCCUCUCUGUUCCCUGCAUUUGUCUGGAUAUGGGUGUCUGCCUGAUCUCUUUCCCCUCCUGCCCGCUCGCCUGUGUCCUUGUCUCUGCCUGUCUCCUUCUCUCCCUCCCUCUCUCCCCUCAUCUUUGCCAACCUGCCCCACCUCCCCUGCAGCUGAGCGAUAACCCUUGGGCCGACUGUGCCCUAAUCUCCUCCCUCCUGGCUUCUGGACGGACCCUUCACCCUUUCCCUUUCUUUCUCCCAGCAGACGCCGCCUGCCCUGCAGCCAUGAGGCCCCCGCAGUGUCUGCUGCACACGCCUUCCCUGGCUUCCCCACUCCUUCUCCUCCUCCUCUGGCUCCUGGGAGGAGGAGUGGGGGCUGAGGGCCGGGAGGAUGCAGAGCUGCUGGUGACGGUGCGUGGGGGCCGGCUGCGGGGCAUUCGCCUGAAGACCCCCGGGGGCCCCGUCUCUGCUUUCCUGGGCAUCCCCUUUGCGGAGCCACCCAUGGGACCCCGUCGCUUUCUGCCACCGGAGCCCAAGCAGCCUUGGUCAGGGGUGGUAGACGCUACAACCUUCCAGAGUGUCUGCUACCAAUAUGUGGACACCCUAUACCCAGGUUUUGAGGGCACCGAGAUGUGGAACCCCAACCGUGAGCUGAGCGAGGACUGCCUGUACCUCAACGUGUGGACACCAUACCCCCGGCCUACAUCCCCCACCCCUGUCCUCGUCUGGAUCUAUGGGGGUGGCUUCUACAGUGGGGCCUCCUCCUUGGACGUGUACGAUGGCCGCUUCUUGGUACAGGCCGAGAGGACUGUGCUGGUGUCCAUGAACUACCGGGUGGGAGCCUUUGGCUUCCUGGCCCUGCCCGGGAGCCGAGAGGCCCCGGGCAAUGUGGGUCUCCUGGAUCAGAGGCUGGCCCUGCAGUGGGUGCAGGAGAACGUGGCAGCCUUUGGGGGUGACCCGACAUCAGUGACGCUGUUUGGGGAGAGCGCAGGAGCCGCCUCGGUGGGCAUGCACCUGCUGUCCCCGCCCAGCCGGGGCCUGUUCCACAGGGCCGUGCUGCAGAGCGGUGCCCCCAAUGGACCCUGGGCCACGGUGGGCAUGGGAGAGGCCCGUCGCAGGGCCACGCAGCUGGCCCACCUUGUGGGCUGUCCUCCAGGUGGCACUGGUGGGAAUGACACAGAGCUGGUAGCCUGCCUUCGGACACGACCAGCGCAGGUCCUGGUGAACCACGAAUGGCAUGUGCUGCCUCAAGAAAGCGUCUUCCGGUUCUCCUUCGUGCCUGUGGUAGAUGGAGACUUCCUCAGUGACACCCCAGAGGCCCUCAUCAAUGCGGGAGACUUCCACGGCCUGCAGGUGCUGGUGGGUGUGGUGAAGGAUGAGGGCUCGUAUUUUCUGGUUUACGGGGCCCCAGGCUUCAGCAAAGACAACGAGUCUCUCAUCAGCCGGGCCGAGUUCCUGGCCGGGGUGCGGGUCGGGGUCCCCCAGGUAAGUGACCUGGCAGCCGAGGCUGUGAUCCUGCAUUACACAGACUGGCUGCAUCCCGAAGACCCGGCACGCCUGAGGGAGGCCCUGAGCGAUGUGGUGGGCGACCACAAUGUCGUGUGCCCCGUGGCCCAGCUGGCUGGGCGACUGGCUGCCCAGGGUGCCCGGGUCUACGCCUACAUCUUUGAACACCGUGCCUCCACGCUCUCCUGGCCUCUGUGGAUGGGGGUGCCCCACGGCUACGAGAUCGAGUUCAUCUUUGGGAUCCCCCUGGACCCCUCUCGAAACUACACGGCGGAGGAGAAAAUCUUCGCCCAGCGACUGAUGCGAUACUGGGCCAACUUUGCCCGCACAGGGGACCCCAAUGAGCCCCGAGACCCCAAGGCCCCGCAAUGGCCCCCGUACACGGCGGGGGCUCAGCAGUACGUGAGUCUGGACCUGCGGCCGCUGGAGGUGCGGCGGGGGCUGCGCGCCCAGGCCUGCGCCUUCUGGAACCGCUUCCUCCCCAAAUUGCUCAGCGCCACCGCCUCGGAGGCUCCCAGCACCUGCCCAGGCUUCACCCAUGGGGAGGCUGCUCCGAGGCCCGGCCUCCCCCUGCCCCUCCUCCUCCUCCACCAGCUUCUCCUCCUCCUCCUCUCCCACCUCCUGCGGCUGUGACCACGGCCUCUUCCCCUACGGCCAUAGGGGCCCCUCCUCUAAUGAGUGGUCGGACCGUGGGGAAGGGCCCCACUCAGGGAUCUCAGACCCAGUGCCCCCUCCCUCCUCAAACCAAGAGACUCACACUGGACAGGGCAGGAGGAGGGGGCCGUGCCUCCCACCCUUCUCAGGGACCCCCAUGCCUUUGUUGUUUGAAUGGAAAUGGAAAAGCCAGUAUUCUUUUAUAAAAUUAUCUUUUGGAACCUAAGCCAGACAUUGCGGGGAAGAGGGAGGCCCCGGGCUGGGUAGCACCCCCCAUUGGGGCUAUAACGGUCAACCAUUUCUGUCUCUUCUUUUUCCCCCAACCUCCCCCUCCUGUCCCCUCUGUCCCCCUGUCUUCCGGUCAUUCUUUUCUCCUCCUCUCUCCUUCCUGCUGCCCUUCUCUGGCCCCGCCUCUGCCCUCAUCCUCCCUCUCGUCUUUCGCACAUUCUCCUGAUCCUCUUGCCACCGUCCCACGUGGUCGCCUGCAUUUCUCCGUGCGUCCUCCCUGCACUCAUGCCCCCCCUUCAACCCGCCCAAAUGUCCGAUCCCCGACCUUCUUCGUGCCGUCCUCCCCUCCCGCCUCGCCGGGCGCCCG